GUGAAAUUUUGCUCUGUAAAAUAAUAUACAUAUUUUGUAUUACGCCAGAAUGUGCAUAUUUAAUAAAAGGAUUUUUAAUUUAAAGACAUUUUAAAUAGCUUAAUAAGUAAACAAUAUAAAAUUGUUUUGUGUAUUUUAUUUAUUUCAUUUUAUUUUAUUUUAUUUUGAUUUAAAAAAAAAAAAAUCAUUUCAGCCUGUUCGACCCUAAAGUGGGUUACAGAUAACCUUUUCACUUAUAUGAAACAGAUGAGACAUAAUUAGUCUUUCUCAAAUUCUCCCUAAUCAUAAUGCAUUGCAGUAUCACUUCCUUUUCUCAGGCGCGCAAACAUAAAACAACCUCUAGUCACGUUUCGCUUCUGCAUUAAACUGAGGAAAGGAAACUGAAGCUGGCAUUCUGUCACAAGAUUUCAGAACUGCCAGAUCAACAUGAGCUAUGACAAACACAUCCUCUGGGCCUGCACCGUUGCUCUGGUCACUGGUUGGGUCCUCACGUAUGAUAACGGACUCUGCUCUGGGAAUGUCACGAGGCACUCAUGCAACUGGACUUGUAUGCAGCUCACUCUUCAGUGGCCUGGGAGUUUCUGUAUAGGUCUUAAUAACAAAACCAUUUGCCAAAUACCUCAGACUGUUUCCAACUGGACCAUACAUGGCCUUUGGCCUAUGCGUACAGGUCACUGUUGUAACUGCUGGCCGGUAUUUCAUUCCCAUCUUCAGGAAAUUGAGCCUGAACUCAUUCAGCUCUGGCCAUCAUUUGUAAAAGGACAACACUACUUCUACUUCUGGAAGGAGGAAUGGAUUAAACAUGGGACGUGUGCAGGCUGCGAGGAGAGCAUGGGUUCACCGGUUCUUUAUUUCCAAGCCGCAGUAAAGCUUCGGAAACUCUUUGACAUUGAUAGUGUCUUGGAAAGCGUUGGAAUCAAAACCUCAUGUGAUGUGUCGUACAAGCAUGAGGACAUACGCGGAGCCCUGACCCCGCUGCUUGGAAAUGACUAUGAUUUGCAAUGUGUGACAGACAGCAAGGGUCGUGAAGCGUGGAUGCAGCUGAAGAUCCAUCUCUUCAGGAACCAAACCCUUGGAUGCCACAAACAAGAACAAGAGGAAACGUUCAAUACAUUAGCGUGGUUUAACAGCCCAGCGCAUCUCUGUCCAAAGAACACCACCAUUUUUUAUGUUCCAAUCAACUAUGAAAAUCCUCAUGAGCCCUGUAACUAAGAGAAGCUGUAGCUAUAAACUUUUACUAUGUUCUCAUGU